AUGCGGGCGAACGCGGACGCGCUGCUCGCGAGCGCGGUCGUGGAGCUGUGCCCGUAUCGACGCGCGCACGUCGAGCGGUAUCACGAAUGGAUGUCUGACGAGGACACGCUGCGAGCGACGGCGAGCGAACGGUUGACGCUGGCGGAGGAGUACGCGAUGUGCGAGCAGUGGGCGAGGGAUGAGACGAAGUGCACGUUCAUCGUUCGCGACGCGCGGACGCGGGAGAUGGUUGGGGAUGUUAAUUUUUUCUUCGGCGUCGACCACGAUGACGCGGGCGCGGCGGAGAUCGAGUGCAUGAUUGGUGAACGGUCGAUGCGACGAAAGGGGUACGCGAGAGAGGCGUUGGAGGUGUUCAUGGCGUACGGGGCGGUCGUGUUGGGGGUCACGACGUUCGUGGCGAAGAUUGGGUUCGAUAACGCGGCGUCGCUGAACUUGUUCGCCGGUUUGGGAUACGUCGAGCGGUCGUCGAGCGAGAUUUUUCGCGAGAAGACGCUGACUUUGCCGGCUCGAGACGCGCGCACGGGGGAGGUGCAUUCGAGGUUUCAAGAUCGGUGGUCGCGCGUGCGGGUUCAAUCGUACGACGCACACGAGGCGAGACGUCUCGAGGAAAAAUCGUGA